AGGAACCGUUGCAGCCGUAAAAUAGACACUAAAUGUUAUUGUUCCAUUGUGGUACGAAUCGUCAAGUUGACUUGGUUUCUUUUUAUUAGUAAAUGAGAAAAAGAAUUUUAGUAGUAGGAUUGACUUGCGUAGACGUAGUAAAUGUAUGUAGUAAAUUUCCCAUCGAAGAUGAAGAUUUAAAAGUAAGCUCACAAUACUGGGCUAAAGGAGGAAAUGCUGCUAAUACUGCAUGUGUCUUGGCACAAAAUCCCAAUAUAGACGUUCAUCUUUUUUCUUAUUUAUCUUACCAACCAGAAAAUGAUUUCGUUAUACGUCAUUUAAAAGAGUAUAAUAUUAAUUUAGAGGGUUGUCCUAUAACCUUUGAUAAAAAGUUCCCAAUGUCCUGUUGUAUUUUGAACGAAGCAAAUGAAAGCAGAACUAUUUUGCAUUAUAAUAAUGAUUUUCCAUCUGUAAAAUUUGAAGACUUUUUGAAGCUUGACAUUCUAAGCUAUGAUUGGAUUCACUUUGAAGGAAGAAAUCUUAUAGAAGUUUCAAAAAUGAUUGCUUAUGUUCGCCAAAUACUUUUGAAACAAAAAUUUCCAAAACAUAUAAUCAUAUCUGGAGAAAUGGAAAAGUUUUCUCGCUUGAUUGAGCUUGAAAAGUAUUUGUUGCCAAAUGUUGAUAUUUUGUUUAUUGGAAAAGAAAUUGGUUUAGGUAAAGGUUUUAAAUCUUCAGAAGAAACAAUUAUACAUUACAGCUCAAAAAAAAACUUAAAACCUGAAAUUUUUAUAUGCCCAUGAGGUGAAACUGGAGCAUUUGCUUCAAAAUAUGUUUCUAGUACAGGCUCUGUAUUUUAUUUUAAAUCAGACUCAAUAGUUUGUAAAAAUAUUGUAGACACAUUGGGAGCAGGGGAUACAUUUAUUGCUGGCACUAUAUCUAAAUUUAUAUGUAAUGAGGAACUUGAUGCUGCUAUAAAAUAUGGAUGCCUUGUUGCAGGUUUAAAGUGUACUCAAUAUGGAUUUGAUAAUUUAUUUUUUAAAGCUGGUUCUUAUUGAAAUAUUUUUUAAUCUAGUUUUUUAUUAUUUAACUCUAAUAAUGUUAUUUGUGGUAGUUUUUUUUUUUAUUAUAGGAUUAAAGUUUAUUAAGGUUAUUCUAAUUACAAUAAAGUUGCAUGAAGGUUAUAGCUUUCAAUUUUAAA